CUACCAAGAAAGACACGGGGAAUGCCGUGUGGCAAUAGCAGGGCCAAAGUUCUUAGUAAACUGCAGCCGGGGAGACUCAGAUGAGAAUGGAGGUAGAAAGAGUUGGUACAGAGUGGGUUUGAUUCGAAGCCCCUUGGGGGCUGAGUUUUUGUGGUUGUUUUCUUGUGAACUUAUUGAAUUUAGAGAUGUAGUGCAUUGGUCACAUGAAGACCAGGGCAGCACCAGCGUCAAAAUAGUGACAGACAGUCUGAAUGCCAUCGUAGCUGUGUACUCAGAGUAUUUUUAUUAGAGAGGCUAAAGAGCCCGGCAUAGAUUUUUAUCCUCCUCUUCACCCAACUGCACAACCAAAAGUUCAGAAACGGCCUCUCAGGACACGCUUUAGGUGAGAACGAAUCUGGAGGAUGGCUCUGAAUGACUGUUUGCCUCUGAACUUGGAAGCGGACCGUUUCGUGCACUGCAACAUCUCUAAUCUCAGUGUGGACCUCCCCACGAACGACGACUGGUUCCACCCUGGGGUCUUCUAUGUCAUCCCUGCCAUUUAUGGGGUCAUCAUUCUGAUAGGCCUCGUUGGCAACAUCACCCUGAUCAAGAUCUUCUGUACGGUGAAGUCCAUGCGAAACGUGCCGAAUCUCUUCAUCUCCAGCCUGGCUUUGGGGGACCUGCUCCUCCUGGUGACCUGUGCUCCCGUGGAUGCCAGCAGGUAUCUGGCCGACAGGUGGCUGUUCGGCAGGAUUGGCUGCAAGCUGAUUCCCUUUAUCCAGCUUACCUCGGUGGGGGUGUCUGUCUUCACGCUCACGGCUCUCUCCGCAGACAGGUACAAAGCCAUUGUCCGGCCAAUGGAUAUCCAGGCCUCUCAUGCCCUGAUGAAGAUCUGCCUCAAAGCCGCCCUGAUCUGGAUCAUCUCCAUGCUCCUGGCCAUCCCAGAGGCUGUGUUUUCUGACCUUCAUCCCUUCCACGAGGAAAGCACCAACCAGACCUUCAUUAGCUGUGCCCCGUACCCGCACUCGAAUGAGCUGCACCCCAAAAUCCACUCCAUGGCUUCCUUCCUGGUCUUCUACAUCAUCCCGCUGGCCAUCAUCUCUGUUUACUACUACUUCAUUGCCAAAAAUCUGAUCCAGAGCGCUUACAAUCUACCCGUGGAAGGGAAUAUACAUGUCAAGAAACAGAUCGAAUCCCGGAAGCGCCUCGCCAAGACAGUGCUGGUGUUCGUGGCUCUCUUUGCCUUCUGCUGGCUCCCCAACCAUGUCAUCUACCUGUACCGUUCCUACCACUACUCCGAGGUGGACACCUCCAUGCUCCACUUUGUCACCAGCAUCUGUGCCCGCCUCCUGGCCUUCACCAACUCCUGCGUGAACCCCUUUGCCCUCUAUCUGCUGAGCAAGAGUUUCAGGAAACAGUUCAACACCCAGCUCCUCUGCUGCCGGCCCGGCCUGAUGACCCGGUCUCACAGCACCGCCAGAAGCACCACCUGCAUGACUUCCUUCAAGAGCACCAACCCCUCCGUGGCCACCUUCAGCCUCAUCAACGGAAACAUCUGUCACGAGGGGGCUCGAAUACCAAAGUUUGAGAGCCUCUGCUUUCUGGGAUAAUCCUAAUCAUCCGAGAGCAGGAAAGCAGCAAAGAGACGACACAACAACUGGCUGUCAAUGGGAGCUGUCCAUGCUCCCUGCGCCCUAGGUCAACAGCUGCUGGGCUGACCAAGUGCCUCCCGCAGCCUCAACGUCUGCUCCAGGACCCUGUAUUUUCCAUGACCCAGAAACUAGAGGAUCAGGCUCCCAGAGCAGGGGGUCUCUGGGGCUGGAUAGUGGCGGCCAUUCUGAUGGGUUUGGUACCCAGGUCAUGCCCAAGAUGUUAGAAUUUUGACCCUCAGCCCUGAAUCUGCCCAGCCACAUGUCACUGCCCUAGGAGGGCGCUUCCCAGAGUCCCACCCCUGUUCUUGGCCUUGGGAGACCUGAGGCAGGUGCAACCAGAUGUGUCAAACCCAACACUCUAGGGAUUCAUGGAAGUGAGGACCUUGGUUGGAGGCUGAUGGACCCAGGUUCUCCAAGGAUCAAGAACUCUUAAUCGUGAUACUAGCAGGGAAAAACAGAAGCUUGACAAGAUCAGGAGUGCCUUUCUUUUCUAGGGUAAGAUUAAUAAACACAGUUAGAAAUCUCAAGAUAUCAAUGCAUUGAGGUUAUCCAGAGGGAUUUUGACAUCUCUCUUUUUUUAAACCUUGAAAUCUAUAUUGCAUAUAGAAAAGGAUAAUUAUGUGGCCACCUGUGUUCCCACACGUAGCUUAAAAAAUAGAACAUGGGAGUUCCCAUAGUGGCUCAGUGGUAAUGAACCCAACUAGUAUCCAUGAGGAUACGGGUUUGAUCCCUGGCCUUGCUCAGUGGGUUAAGGAUCCUGAGUUGCUGUGGCUGUGGCUUAGGCCAGCGACUGCAACUCCAAUUUAACCUCUAGCCUGGGAACUUCCAUAUGCUGCAGGUGCAGCCCUAAAAAGCCAAAAAAAAAAAAAAAAAAA